AUGGCUCCUGAAUAUGCCAUGGGGGGUAUUUUCUCUGUUAAAUCUGAUAUCUUCAGUUUUGGAGUUUUAAUGCUUGAAAUAGUGAGUGGUCGAAAGGAUAACAGCUUCUACCAUGUUGAUGAGCCACUCAACCUAGUAGGAUAUGCAUGGGAUUUGUGGAACAAAAAUGCUGCUCUAGAGCUUAUAGAUCCAAUGCUAAGUGAUUCAUCUAUACAGCAACAAAUGUUGAGAUGCAUUCAAGUGGGUCUCUUAUGCGUAGAAGAUUGUGCAGUCAAUAGACCAACCAUGCCAGAUGUUAUUUCCAUGUUAAUCGAUGACAACAUAGCUUUGCCAAUGCCCAAGAAACCGGCGUUUGUCUCUAGAAUUGUAGGUGAGGAAAAUUCAAACAAAAGCAAGUUGGGAAAAUAUUCAGUGAAUGGGCUUUCUAUUUCUGCAAUGGAUGCAAGAUAG